GUUGAGGGUGUGUGUUUGCAUCACUGUGAUGGAAACUUUUGGAACAGUUCGGAAAGGUUUUGUCUGGAUACCUUUCUGAGUUCCUCACUUGGCUGCGAGUUGAUAAUGUUAGAUAUGACAUCUGUUCACUGGCGCACAAGCUUUGCUGGUUAACAGAGUGACGCUGUAGGAAGUGAUUGUACUGCUGGUUUCCUGUCCAUGUUUUCAGCUGUAGACAGGUGGUUUUUAACUGUAAAGGAAAUGUAGUGCCGGUUUGGUGGCAGACAGAGUGGAUGUAGCUCAGCACUGUGGAGCGUUUCAUCAGGCGAUGCUGCUGGGUGCAGGGUUUCAUUAGUGAAGGUUGCAGAAAAUGAGGAAAUAUUUACCAGUCUCUCUGAAAUAGUAGAAAGUCUACCACAGCUGAAAGGAUGAGGAUGACGAUGGUGGAAGGAGGCCGCAGCCGAAGGUGCAGCCCUCGCUAGGAAAAACAACAUUCUCCCCCAGUUUCACCCCCUCCGUUAUCACCCCUCCAUCACUGCGGUCCCGUCCCCCUGCCGUCAUGGCCAACCACUUGGAGCUGAUCCAGGAGCUGCAGCAGCUGGACAAGGUGCCCAGCCUGGAGAGGCUGAGGACAGCCCAAAAGCGACGUACGCAGCAGCUGAAGCGAUGGGCCGUGUAUGAGAAGGAGAUGCAGAACAAGAAGCGAAAGGCCGACAAGAAGGGACGCAACGCCAACAGCUUCCAGCAAGGAGAGUCCAAGAGGCACGUGUCGUUCGCCGCCAGCGUGGCUCUCCUGGAGGCAUCGGCCAGGAAUGAUCCAGAUGAAGUUCGUUACCUGCUGAGGAACAACGUGAGUCCAGACCUCUGCAAUGAAGACGGCCUCACCGCCCUGCAUCAGUGUUGUAUAGACAACUAUGAGGAGAUGGUGAAGAUCCUGUUGGACCGAGGAGCCGGCGUCAACGCUCAGGACAACGAGCUGUGGACACCUCUGCACGCUGCUGCUACCUGUGGCCACGCAGGACUGGUCAAGAUUCUCAUUUCACACGGUGCAGAUCUGCUGGCGGUCAACUCUGACGGGAACAUGCCGUACGAUCUGUGUGAGGACGACCCAACCCUGGACAUCAUCGAGACGUCCAUGGCCAACAGAGGCAUCACCCAGGAGAUGAUCAACGAGACACGGGCGUCAACCGAGAGGAAGAUGCUGGGAGACAUCCAGGAGCUGGUGCGAGUGGGGGAGGAAGUCAACCAGCAGGACUCUCAGGGAGCCACACUGCUCCACAUCACAGCAGCUAAUGGCUACGUCCAGGCUGCAGAGCUGCUGCUGGAGGGGGGCGCUCGCAUGGACCUGAGGGACUCCGACGGAUGGCAGCCUCUCCAUGCUGCAGCGUGCUGGGGUCAGAUGCAUGUGGCAGAGCUGUUGGUGUCUCACGGAGCCAGCCUCAACGCCAAGACCUUCCUGGAGGAGACCCCCAUCGACCUGUGUGAGGACGAGGAGUUCCGAGCCAUCCUGCUGGACCUCAAACACAAACACGACAUCAUCAUGAAGUCGCAGCUCAAACACAAGACCUCACUGUGCAGGAGGACGUCCAGCGCGGGCAGCCGUGGGAAAGUGGUCCGGCGAGCCAGCCUGUCUGACAGACACAACCUGUGUCGUAAAGAGUACGAGACGGAGGCCAUCGUGUGGAGGGGAGGGAGGGAGGAGAACCACGAGAAGGAGAAGGAGUCUAGUCAGGAGAAUAUCCAAGUUGUCCAUGUCAAACCGGUCGUCGCUGUGGAGCUGCCAGACAAGCCCAAGCUGCCCACCAUCCUCAAAGACGGCAGCAACAAACAGAACGGCCUCAUCUCCACCACAACGUCUGUGCCGCCGCAGUCGCCCUCCAAUGGCAACACGCCAUCGUCUGAUAACGGCGGGAUGGUCACCUCCCAGUCCAACCAGGAGGACGCCUGGCCCAAGGAGCGCGCUCAGACUCUGUCGGAGCUGAAGAAACAGAGGUCGGCCGCCAAACUGUUGAAUCACCCCUUGUUCAACGGCCACCUAGGUAACGGCUCCACAGACUCCUUCUCCGAUGCCAAAAACAACUCUGAGGACCCCCGCAUGCCACUGGUCUCCUCCAAUGGCAGCGCUGUUUACUACACGCCGGCCAGCGGCGACCCGCCCCUCCUCAAACUGAAACAGCCAAUGGAGCAAGAGCAGCCGAAGGCGCGGACGUGCUGCUGUGUGUCGUAGCGUCGCCGCCAAGUGACGCGUUUGCACAAAGAGGAUGAAAGCUAGGAAUGUGCUGAAGGAAGGAGGGAAGAGAGUGAAAGUGUUCCUGUCUUUUAACGUCCUGUUCCUCCACUUCUUUGAAACUUCUUCCAGAGAACAUGAGCCGCCUGAGGAAGGCCAGACAGAGGGUUUCUCCCGGUCACGUGACUCCUGCUACAACUGGAGAAACCUGUCACUUGUAGCAUAGAGUAGGAAAAGACUUUUCCUCCAGACGUCACUUGGAGUAAAAUUCCUUUUCACACGGGACAUGCCAACCAACCAUUGGAUAGAAAGAGCGCAGGAUGCUGUUUCUCAAAGUGAAUCAAAGAGUUUUUUUAAGCUUUUCACCGGGCAAUGAAUUUUAAAAUCACAAGAGUAGAGACGAUCUCAAGGUACUGCAUGUUCUAUCCUCACAGAUGAAGACGGAGAAGAGCUUAUUUUGUAGACUACAAAUGGAUGAUUAUCUUGUAUUUAAACAUGUGUCCUUCAUCAAACCACAAUGUUCUGCUUUUACGCCUCAUUCUUGUCACUUUCGCGAUGUGCAGGAAACCCGGAGCUGUCCACGUGUCCCAUUGGUCGUAUUACGAGGGGGGACAGAGCUAAAUGUAGCAAAAAGAGAUGAGACGCCUCCUCUGAAGUGUCCCCCAUGUUGAAAUGCCGCCAGCAUUAAGUAAAGGGAAGGAAUGCCAUAAAACAGUGUUAAAUAUUCAGGAAGAGUUCUUCUACAGCGAGAGGAAACCGGAAAGAGUCUCGUUCUGCACUCGUUUGAAACUGUUCAUUACUUUCCUGUGAACUACACGUCACCUCACCGUCCUCUAAACUGACAGCUCAUCCUCACGCGCACACAUUAUUUAAGCAAACCUGGUUGAAAAUGACUGUAAUUUUCUUUAUUUAUGAAAUUAAUGUAAAGUGAAAAAAAAAAAAGACAUAACGGUUUCUAAAAGUGAGUGUAUUUAUUAUGUGGCUGGUGUGUGGAGAGUGUGAAUGCGAUGUACAGUGAGAGGAGCUGGAGAGCCGUCCAGCGAAGCACCUUCUGACGUGGAGACUCAAACAGAUGAAGUGAAGACCACUGUCUGCUACACGUAUGUUAUUAAAAACACAAUGACUCCAUCCUGCCGGGAUAGAUUCAUCGUUGUGUCACUACAAAUAACAGUGUUAUUUGGUUUUUUUUGUUUUGUUGUUUAUUUUCUCCUGGUGGCCAUUGUGUGGCUUUAUCUUCUUCCAGUCACUGUAUUUGUCUCAUUAACAGAAACUGUAAAUGCUAUGUACUGAAUUACUGUAAGUAUAGUAUGAGUUGUUCUGAGGACACACGUUGUUUCCCCAUGAAUCCACUCUUAGAUUUGGUUUUUUAGCGAUGUCUUUUUCAGAUCUUCUUUAAGAUGGAUUCACAAACACAAAAUAUACGAUUUACAGCCCAAAAACCAGGAAGAGAAUAGUUUCACUUUUUGGGAAAAAACACUUAUUUGACUUUGGAUUUCACACCUUCGUGCUUUUUACACCAGAGAUGUAGCAGCAGCUAGCAGCUGGUUAACUUUGCACUAAGACUGGAAUCAGUAGGAAACAUGUAGCCUGGCUUUGUUAAACCAACACAAAAUCCACCCACCGACACUUAUAAAUCUCAUUUAAACCGCAAGUCGUAUCUUGUUUACUUAAUCUGCCAAUGAAACAAUGUGUUUAUGUGCCAGACUGUUUCUUGGCAGCCAGCAGACUCCAGGAAUCUGAGUUUCUGCAGGUGGCACCUAGUUAAACUUAAGACUGUUGGGACCAUAAUGAAUGAAAUGUAGGGCCUAUAACCUCCCUAUAAUUUAGAAUGAGGUGAAGUUGCCAAAUCUAGAAAAACACUCACUGUGAUUGUUCAGUGAUCAUUUCUACGUUUGUCUUUUUGUAGAUUUAUAGAAAAAAACAUUUCAAACUGUGACAGAAGUCGCUUUAAAUGAAGUUUAACACAACUAACAACUACCUUAACAUCCGGAUAGACCUUGUACAUAAUGUUCCAACAUAUUUAAGACUAAUAAGGCCUAAAGUAUCUGAUUAUUGACUUUUUAAGACACUGAACAAACAUUAUUGUAGUGUUUUAACUGCUUGCAUACACGAUAUGAAUUGUGUAUAAUUUAUUCCACAUAGCCAGGAUGACUAAUCCCAGUCUUUAUACUAAGCUAACAGGCUGCAGGCUCCAUCUUCAUAUUAAACACUGAGAUAUAAGAAAUGUUUCCGAUCUCCUGAUCAGCGGAAAAAAAGCAAAUCAGCAGUUUUUCCUAAAAGGUUGAACUCAUUCUUUCAUCAUAUGAAAUCAUGUCCCACCUUCCUGUCAGUGCCAAAGAGUCUUCCAUGGUAUUUUGAAAACUUUAGGGGGGGAGGCUGCAACUUUAGGGGGGGUUGCUCACAUUUGAAGAGCAACCCCUUCAAAUGUGAUUACCCAGAAUUCCUACAACGACUACAUGAGCAGUACAGUGUCAAAUAUUUGUAUGGAAUACGAAUACUUGUUUGUAAAUAAGUUUGUAUUUGUGUCCCUCUAAUCUGUUUACAUGAACAGAACUUACCCACAUGGAUGAACAGUGUUAACAGACAUUUGGUUGUCUAGAGGAAAACUAUGAAACUGUGUAGACCCCUCCUCAGUAUCCAGCAGCAAGUGUCUCCUCCUUGUCAUUCAGUGUCUGGUAGGUGGAAGUUAUUUGUGCAAAUAUUCUGUAAAGGUCAGUUUUUAAUGUCACAGGAAGCGGUUUUGUUUUACAACUCAAAUUGAGGAAGAACAAAUUGUCAGAAUUGUGUCAUUCUCCCCUCGGCUGUGACAUUGUUUUGUUGUGAGUCAGCUGAAGCUCAAAUCUGCUCCAGCUGCUGAUCUCAGAUCUGCUUCCUGGGGAGUGAAGUUCCAUCCAACUGACCUGAUCAGUUUUAGCCAGAAAGGGACUUUCACCUGUUAAAACGUAUCCUGUGUUCUCAUGGUAAAUAGAUCAAAGCUUGUGUUUGACUGCGAGCAUCACUGUCUGUAAAGGAUAAGAUUAUAAAGAAGAGACAAACUACUGAUUUUGUAAUUACUGGAAUAUAUUGAUGGUUGCAUUAACAUAUUUUGAAUAAAUUGUAUAUUUUGAGAAUUUUA